AUGGCCCACCAGCAGAAGAGGAGGGUAGCUCGCCUCGCUGAGGCGCUCGUCGAGUCCUCGAAGGGCGGACGGCACUUCAAGCCGGCCCUCGGAGAAUCCACGAGGGGUCGGCAUGUUAAUAAAAGUUUUAUAAACAUAUUUCUGAACAUUUCCCCGGGAUGCCUCCGCGCCGUCUGCCAAGUGCUCGAUCGAAUGCUCCACCGCACCGCGGCCUACUACAACUCCCUCAUCGCCGCCUAUGGUCGCAGUGGACGCGGCCGUGUAGCGGCCACGCUCCUUCCCGUGAUGCUGGCGGCUGGCCUCAGACCGACCCGGUUCACCUUCGCGCCCCUCCUCUCCGCACCUUCUAUCGGCCUCGACGAAGGCAUCCGACUGCACUCCAUGAUUCUCAAAUUCGGUUUUCUUCAUUCAGAUGCUUUCUCCGGCACCGCCUUGCUUGGUCUCUAUGCUCGAUAUGGUAGCUUAACACAAGCGUACCAUUUGUUCGACGAAAUGCCUGCUAGGACCAUCGUCACUUGGAACUCCAUGAUUGCGGCAUUCUCUCGGUUCAGCUUUAACGAGGAGUCCAUGUCUUUGUUUCGACAGCUCUUGGCAAGUGGAAUUGGCCUGACGGAGUGCUCUUUUCUCAGUAUUUUACCAGCGCUUUCGGAUAACUUGCAGUCCGUGGAGCUUAUUCUUGGGCUGUCUCUUAAGACAGCAAUGAAUUCUUUCCUUGCUGUUGCGAAUGCACUGCUCUGCUCACUCUUCACUUGCUUUGGAGUGCACACAGCCGAGCGGUUGUUUAACAGUUUGCCAAUCCGGGACGUCGUUUCUUGGAAUACCAUAAUAGCAGGACUCGCAAAGAGUGGAAUGCCAGAGAAAUCUUUGGAGUUAUUUCAGAUGAUGCUUACCAACAAGGCAUCGCCGACUGAUACUACAAUUGUCAGUGCCAUCAAUGCUUGUGUUAGCAUGAACUCAGCGGAGUACGGAGUGCUCAUCCAUGCCAAAGCCACCAAGUACGGUCUUGACAACAAUGUGUUUGUGGCUAGUUCGCUGAUCAACUUCUAUGCAAGUUGGAGAAGAUUGGCAGAUGCACAGAGAAUGUUUGAUGGAAUUCCUGAAAAAAAUGUUGUCUGUUGGAAUUGCCUAAUCUCAGGCUAUUCAAAAACUGAUUCGCCUACUUGUGUGCUUCUUUUCAAGUCAUUGUUGAAAUCAGAGGUCAGACCAAAUGAGCUAUCAUUCUCUUCGAUGCUUCCGAGAGUACUUUUUCUAGAACUCCAGCAACUCCAUUCAUUUAUCAUAAAGUUGGGGUACACUAAGAAUCACUACAUUUCUAGUGCUCUUAUUGCCUCAUAUGACUCUCAUGGCAUUCCAGCUGAUUUAUCACCUUGCAUCAGUGGCAUUGACGCAGAAACAUCUACUGCCAAAAUGAAUGCUAUAGCCAGUAUUUAUAACAGGGAUGGCCAGUAUGAAGAAGCCCAGCAGCUACUAUUCCAGCUGCAAAGCCCUGAUACCUUCUCCUGGAAUAUCUUGUUAAAUGCUUGUGCACGCAAUAGAGACUAUUCUGAAGCCUUCUUGUGGUUCAAGCAUAUGCAAGCUGCAGGGCAUUCAUUUGAUACCUAUACUGCUAUGAGCUUACUGAGCAUCUGUUCAAGGAUUAACAGCCUUGCGCUUGGAGGAUCACUUCAUGGUCUCAUCGUAAAGACUAUCUCUUGUUGUUGCGACACUUUUGUGUGCAAUAUGUUAAUGGACAUGUAUGCAAAGUGUGGUAGCAUUGAUGGCUGUGUGAGGGUUUUCGAAGAAAUGGGUGACAAGAAGAACCUUAUUUCAUGGACUGCUCUUGUCUCUGGACUGGGAUUGCAUGGUCGUCCUCAUGAAGCACUUGCAAGCUUCAAUCAUAUGAAAUCAGAGGGCUUCGAACCAGACCGAGUUGCUCUACUCGCAGCCCUCUCGGCAUGCAGGCAUGGCGGUUUGAUAGAAGCAGGAAUGCAAUUAUUUGAAAGUAUGAAGAAUGUUUAUGGCAUUGAACCAGAGAUGGACCACUAUGUUUGUGUAGUUGAUAUGCUAUGUAACUGUGGACAGCUAAAGGAGGCUGAGAUGGUGAUCAGUGGCAUGCCAUUUCAGCCAAACGGUGUCCUUUGGCGCACCUUUCUUCAAGGUUGCAAGAGAUUUGGAGGUUUUCUAACAUGAACAGGUUAAGGAGAUUAAACUCAGAUGAAAUGUAACCUCUUUCUUUAUUAUUUGUUACAUCUGUUUAUGAAUUUAAACUUAAUCUAAUUGAUAAAGAAAA